AUGGGCAAAGAACGCUCAACGAAAAAGGAAAGACACAAUCCUCUUCACGUCCAAUUAGAUGAAACGGUCAACAAAAAGCAUUCCCGAGCAAAGUUUACUGCACGCAAUCAGCAAAAGAAUAAGGAAGAUGAAUUUGUCGAUCCGAUUCUGUCCCGAAAAAUUCUACAAAUUGCUCGAGAGCAGCAGGAAGAACUUGAAGUAGAAGCUCAGACACGCGAGGAUCAAACGACAAAUGACCAAAGCGCGCUGUUUUCUUCUUUAAUUGACGACGAAAGCGAUCAAGAUGAUAUUUCGGAAUAUAGCGAGGAUUACAAUCACGAUGAAUUGGAAAUCGACGAAACGGACCAAGAAAUUCUCGAUAAGUUCUUACCAAGCGCACCGAAAGCGAGGAGGACUCUCGCAGACAUUAUUAUGGAAAAGAUCGAAUCACAGGAUGCGAAUAAGCUAAUAUCCAAAGAAGAAAACCUUCGAUCACCAACAGUAAACCCCAAAGUAGUCGAAGUUUAUUCAAAAGUUGGGACAUUAUUGAGUCGUUACAAGUCUGGAAAACUUCCCAAGGCUUUCAAAAUCAUCCCUUCAUUACCUAACUGGGAGGAAAUAUUAUACAUCACGCGUCCUGAAAACUGGACGCCACAUGCCACUUUUCAAGCAACUCGCAUUUUUGUUUCCAAUCUGAAAUCAAAACAGACUCAACGGUUCUUCGAUCUUGUACUACUAGAUAAGGUCAGAGAUGACAUACAGGAAAACAAAAAACUUAAUUAUCACUUCUAUAUGGCUCUGAAAAAAGCAUUGUACAAACCCGCAUCUUUCUUCAAGGGAAUUUUGUUUCCAUUAUGCGAGGCAUGUAAUUCUGGUACCUGCACAUUAAAAGAAGCAGCCAUCAUUGGUAGUGUGAUUACGAAAGUGAGCAUUCCAAUGCUUCAUUCUUCGGCGGCGUUACUUCGUCUCGCCGAAAUGGAUUAUACUGGUCCCAACAGCUUGUUUAUUCGCAUAUUACUUGAUAAAAAAUACGCGUUGCCUUAUAAGGUGGUGGAUGCGUUGGUUUUUCAUUUUCUUCGAUUUAAGAACGACGAAAGAGCCAUGCCCGUGUUGUGGCAUCAAUCGUUUUUGGUAUUUGCGCAAAGAUAUAAGCAGGAUCUUACGCCCGAGCAAAAAGACGCUCUUCUCGGGGUGAUGAAGGCAAAAACGCAUGAACUCAUCACGCCCGAAAUCCGUCGGGAAAUAGUUAAUUCCGUCGCCCGCGGUGAGAUCAUGGACACAGAGAUGGAGCUUUAA